GCUCUAACUUCAUGUGCCUCGUGUAUACACAUGGCACAUGUUUUGUUGAUUAGCACGUUGAUACUUCAAAAUUUGAUAUAAAAGUCCCGUUAAGAUGGGUAAAGCGAAGAAGAUUAAGGUAUCUAAGGGUGAAACCAAAGAACCGAAAAUAGGUUUGGCGGAACAAAUUGAACGCGAGAAAGCAGUGAAGGUUAAAAAUCGACAAAAAUUUAGACGUCGAGCCGAUGAUGAUGAAGAGUACGUAGCAUCGACUCUGACGAAAAAGAUCUUAUCGCAAGCUAGACAACAGCAACUAGAGUUAGAGGAUGAGAUUGGCCCUAGCGAUUCUAAGAAUACGAAAAAGCCAACGGUGAAACUUGAUACUAAUUUCAGUGAUGACGAAGAUCAAUCUAAUGAUGACGAGCCAGUGGAGAAUAUAUAUUACUAUGAGAAUAUUGAGAUUGAUGAAGAUGAUGAGCGUGCGUUGCAGAUGUUCAUGUCAAAGGAUCCAGCACCUACAAGAACAUUGGCUGACAUAAUAAUGGAAAAACUGACAGAGAAGAAAACAGAGAUUGAAACACAAUUCUCUGAUGCAGGAACUAUUCAGCUACAGGAUCUAGAUCCACGGGUGAAAACAAUGUACGAGGGUGUUAGAGAUGUCUUGAUGAAAUAUCGUAGUGGCAAACUACCAAAGGCAUUUAAAAUAGUACCUACUUUGAAAAACUGGGAACAAAUACUAUAUAUCACAGAACCACCAAAGUGGUCUGCUGCUGCCAUGUAUCAAGCAACAAGAAUAUUUGCUUCAAACUUGAAAGAAAAAAUGGCUCAAAGAUUCUAUAAUUUGGUCUUGUUACCACGAAUCAGGGAUGAUUUAGCAGAAUAUAAAAGAUUGAAUUUCCACUUGUACCAAGCACUGAGGAAAGCAUUAUUCAAGCCAGCUGGAUUUAUGAAGGGAAUCCUUUUACCGCUUUUAGAAUCAGGAACAUGCACACUCAGAGAAGCUGUUAUCAUUGGAUCUGUGAUUGCAAAAAAUUCUAUACCGAUUCUGCACUCCUCGGCAGCUAUAUUGAAAAUCGCGGAGAUGGAUUACACGGGAGCUAACAGCAUCUUUCUUAGAAUAUUUUUGGAUAAGAAAUACGCGCUUCCAUACAGAGUAGUGGACGGGGUAGUAUUUCAUUUUCUUAGAUUCGAGAGAGAUACAAGAGAGCUGCCAGUAUUGUGGCAUCAAGCGCUCUUAACAUUUGUGCAACGAUACAAGAGUGAUAUUAGUUCUGAACAAAAAGAAGCCCUCCUAGGAUUAUUAAGGAAACAGUCGCAUCAUUCAAUUACUCCUGAAAUCAGAAGAGAAUUACAACACGCGAAAUGCAGAGACAUAGAAGUUACAGAACCCAAAUUAGAGUCAAUGGAUAUUAAGGAUACAUAACACAAUAUAUGUAUAUUGGAAUAUUGAAGCUCUUGUAUAAAAAUAUUUGUUAACAAUAAUUAUUGUUAUAGGAGAUAUAUUAUUAUUAACAAACAUUUAAAUCAAAUUGAAGUUUUCGACAAAUGACAGUUUGCAACAAUUGCAAGAUUUGAAUUGUGUAAAAAUACAGCUAUAUUUGGUCCUAUACCUAAUCAAAUAUUCUCGACUAA